UACUUUCAUUCAAGAUGGUGGCUGGUUCCUUGUGACAGGCUCUGUGUCCCCCCCGUUGCCUCCCCCCAUGCGGCGCUGCUCGGACUCCUCCUGCCCCGUCACCAAUGGCCUGCGCUUGGAGGGCCCGGUGCCCGUGGAGCUGCCCCGGGGGCCGGCGCCGGACGAGAGCCCCGCAGCCGAGGCGGGCCCGGGCGCCGGCACCGGCACCGUCAAGGUCUAUCUACCCAACCAGCAGCGCACUGUGGUCAACGUGCGGCCGGGAGCCACCGUCUACGAUGCCCUGGACAAAGCGCUGAAGGUGCGAGGGCUGAACCAGGACUGCUGCGCGGUGUACCGGCACCUGGGCGGGACGAAGCUGCUGACCGACUGGGACACGGACAUCACCCCGCUGGAGGGGCAGGUUCUCUACGUGGAGGUGCUGGACGAGGUGCCGCUCACCAUGCACAACUUUGUCCGUAAGACGUUUUUCAGCCUGGCCUUCUGCGACUUCUGCCUCAAGUUCCUGUUCCACGGCUUCCGCUGCCAGACGUGCGGCUACAAAUUCCACCAGCAAUGCAGCAGCCGCGUGCCCAGCGUCUGCCUGGCCCUGGACGCAGCCCACUGCCCGAUUUACAGCCACGACCCCUACCCCGACGUGCAGGGGCAGGAUUCCCCCUCGGCCCGGCCCGGCCUGGCCCCCCUAACGCUGCAGCCCAUCAGCUCCCACCAGCAGUGCCUGAGCCCCGACGCCUUCAGCUUCCCGGACCCCCCCGGCGGGGGACAGCCCCUCCAGCGCCACCGCUCCACCUCCACCCCCAACGUGCACAUGGUGAGCACGGCCGACCCCGGGGACGCCGCCGCCCGGCAGAUCGCAGCCAUGAGCUUCAUCACAGACGCGCCAGCCGGGGGGGAAGGGUUUCCCCCAGAUCCCAGCCCUGCCCAGGAGCCUCCCGGGCGCCGCGAGGCCCCCUCCAAGUCGCCCCCGCAGCCCCCCAAGGAGCGGAAGGGGUCAGCGUCGUCGGCCGAGGACAAGAAGAAGGUGAAGGCCUUGGGCUACCGGGACUCGGGCUACCAGUGGGAGGUGCCCCCGCACGAGGUUAUCCUGCUGCGCCGG